UAUGUCAACCUCUGAGCUUAGUUAACAACAAUAAUUAAGAAAACAGUAAUUUGAAGCAUACUUAAAUAAACAGGCAGACAAAUUAAAGAAUCUUAAGGAUAGAAGAUAAGAAUUUAAACUUCAAACUAAAGACCCGAAAGAAUUAUAAUUACAUGUUCAAAAAGAAUUUAGACAACUCUAUGAUAGUAAAAUUCUUAUAAUAAUAAGAUAUUUUAACCCCAAUUAACCAAAAGACGAUCAAAACAGAAGAACAAAUUCAACAAGUAAUUGAUGAAUUUCAAGUUUUGUUUUAAUAUUAUGUGGACAUCAAUUAUGCUUUAAUUGCAUAUGAUAAAUAACAAUAUAAAGAAGUAAAAUCUUAAUCUAUUCAAAGUAAUUAGACUAAUUAGAAUGUACAAUAUUCACCCUAAGGUCCUAAAUAAUUCCUAGAUAAAAAUUUCGAUUUUCUAAGCCAUUUCCAAAAGGAAUUCCAUAAUAAAGCAAAAUUUAAGAGGAAAAGUUAAGUGUGUUGGAAAAUGAUUCAAUUGUUAUAACCUAAGACAAUUAUUAGGAGUCAAUAACUUUAGAAAACGGGUCUCUUUUAUUGAAAAACUUAGAAAAUACUACUUUUAGAGUUGAAGGAUCAUUAGAUACAUUUUAUUUGCAUAAUCUUAAGAAUCUAAAAGUCAAAUUUGGAGAUGUUAAAGGAAGUGUAUGGGUUGAUAAAUGCUAAAAUUGUGAAUUCUAAGGAAGUAUGCAUUAAUUGAGAAUUCAUGACACUGCAGAUUGUGCAUUUAUAAUCUAUGUCACAUCCAAUCCUAUCAUAGAGAGGUGCUCUAAAUUAUCCUUUUCGAGAUUAGGAAACAAAGAUUUCAAUUUGUUUGAUUAGGUUCAAGAUUUUAAUUGGUUAAAAUAAGAGAAGUCACCAAACUUUACCAUUGUUUGA